AUGAAAGCAUUGGUCGCCUUUGGGCUGGCAUGUAACGUGAUUCAGGUCGUUGAUGCUUCGCGGAAAGUCUACGAAAUCUUCACGCAAUUUCGCAAACUUGGUACAACAGCAAGGGUUGACGAGCUGCGACACAGCACCCAGCACCUACUGAAAUGUCACAACUCUCUGCAGGACUCAUUGUCAAGUGCCUCCAAAUUCCCGCUCCUAGAGAGUGGGGUGGAUCUUGCCGAGCUGAGCAGAAGUUGUAUCGAGGCAGCAAAAGAUCUUGAGGAUGAGCUGCAAAAGAUCACGGUUAAACCUGAUCACGUUGAAGCGUUGAAGCGCAAACUCGACGAAUGUGCCAGAGUGUUGGAUUCUACAAUCCUGGUCCAUUUAAGAAUGAUCAUCCAUUGGUGUGUACUGAUGAACUAUUCGAGCCAGAACCUGGGAACUCUGGCAGCGCAGCAGACAAAUGUCCUGGACCAACUAAACGACUGGCAGCGGAAGAUCUACUCGGAGAUUGUCGCUGGCAAUACUAGGGUUGACAGCCUCAUCAAGACAACCGCCGAAGACGUCAAAGCUUACACAAUGCUAGAACACAAUAUCACGCGGCGCCACAUCGACAGAAAAUUCGACCAUUUUGUCGAUGCCAGGACAGAUCAGGCAAACUAUGAGAGCUUCAUGGAAAGUUUGUACUUUCUGGAGAUUAACCAGCGCCAGGAUACCAUCGAAGAUGCACACAGUAAAACCUUUGAAUGGGUUUUCGACGGUACUGCACAUACCAAAUGCCUAUGGGACAAUUUCAUGCUGUGGACAAAAGACGACAAUCCGAUCUACUGGAUCUUGGGGAAAGCCAGGUUGGGCAAGAGUACUCUGAUGAAUUUUGUGGUCCAGGAUGAGCGAACACGAGAAGCGUUUACACAAGAGUCAAGUUGGGCUUCUACGUUCUAUAAUCUGGCAAAUGCUCAAGGCAAUGGAUGCUACUACCUCGAUCUAAAUCUGGUCGACUAUGUUGCAGAAGAUCUCACCACCUUUACCUACUGUUUGGACCUAAAAGCAGCUGCGGCAAAUUCUCCAGUCGGCUUGGACGACCACUUCGAAGCCAUACAAGAUACUAUUGGGGUUUUCCGAGACCGCCAGAAGACAAAGAUAUGUAUCUCAAGUCGACCAUCUGCGAGUCUCGAUUCUCUGUACAAGUACUGCCCACAACUGAAACUUCAAGAUCUUACCAAAUCUGACAUUACCCGGUACGUUGAAGACAAACUCACCAGGACCCUGUCAUCGGACAGCUAUCGAUGGCUCGCAACUCCAGCCUCGACGGAGAUGCAUGAAUUAAUUACGGAAGCUUUGCUCAGGGCAGAAGGAGUUUUUCUUUGGGUCCGCCUGACUGUUGAAUCACUAGUUCGAGGCAUUCGGAAGGAUGACGACUGGCAGAUUUUGGUCAGACGCCUUCAACAAAUGCCGCAAGGGAUUUUCAAUCUUUAUGGACUCAUGUGGAAGCGCAUGAAUGAUGCCGACCACCCAUUCUACGCGAUGGAAGCUGCAGCGUAUUUGCAAUAUGUCCUACACUAUCCCAAUUGCUCCUUGAUUGAGAUGACGAUUGCCCGUGACGAAAGUUUACAGAAAUCAGACGUCUCUUUGGAGGCUGAUCUCUUACGCAAGGCUGGGUCGGUCGCCGAUAGAUCAUUCUUGGUCGUCUUUGAGCCGCCAAAUGCAUGGCGCACCGUGGCCUUAGAUCCCUCUGGUAACACGGUGCAAGACAAAAUCAUGAGACAUUUCUGGGACGAUGGCCUGAUGGGGAACGGCGACGCUCCAAACUUACUGCAGGUUCAAGACGAAGUCAACGUGAAAUUUUACAGCCACGGAAUUGAUGCACUCCGAGCAGGCGGCUUUUCUGAUGAGGAUAUAAAAGAGCUCGGGAUCCCGUAG